UUAUUUUAUUUAUUAUUUUAUUUAUUAUUUUAUUUAUUUUUCUUCAAUAAUAGAUAAAUUAAAACCCUUUUUUUUUCUUUCUUUCAAGAGUAAAUCAUGUCUCCUUCUGCUUCAGCAAGUACCGACAAUAAUACAAAGCCUUUACCAGGACAUGUUGGGAAUUUAACAAUCAAGGAAACGGAUAUGCUUAAAAAGAUGUGGGCUCGUCUUAUUGAUCUUUUUAAACAAAAAGGUACAGAAUAUAAAGCUAUAGAAAAGAAAGAAGAAACAAUAGCAAUUAAAAAGAGUGGAUGGUUCUCCAAGAAAGAAUCGAAUACAAAUGAAAAUAAGGACCUGUUUAUUGGAGCCACAAAGGAUCCUUCUUGGUUAUCAUUACCGCUCGAAAGGGCAUUACCCCUGAUUCCAGGUAAAGAACUUCGUUCCACUUUUUGGAGCAUGGUAGCUACAGAUAAUCCAGAUGCUGUUAUUCUUCGCUUCUUACGUGCUCGUAAAUGGGAUUUAGAUGCUGCUUAUAAUAUGUUGGUAAAUACACUUCGUUGGCGUUUAGUGAUGCGUCUUGAUGAUAUCCUUGCUCUUGGCGAAAAUGGUCUUCGGGAUGAACUUAAUCAACUUAAACCUAAAUUAGGUGAUUGCUUUAUUACUCAACUCAACUCUGGAAAAGCUUAUUUAGGUGGCCCUGAUAAAGCAGGACGUGGUAUUUGUUUUAUUAAUGUUUGUCUUCAUCAUAAAGAAGAUCAACCAAUGGAAAUUAUUAAACUUUUAACAAUGUACAUUAUGGAAACUUCUCGUGUUGUUGUUCAUCAACCUGUUGAAGCUGCUUGUAUUGUAUUUAAUAUGGAAGGAUUUACACUUAAAAAUAUGGAUUUUGAUUUUGUUAAAUUUUUAUUAACUUGUUUCGAAGCAUAUUAUCCUGAAACAUUAGGCUCUUGCUUGAUUCAUAAAGCUCCUUGGGUCUUUUCUACUAUUUGGCACUUAAUUACACCUCUUUUAGAUCCUGUUGUCGCUUCAAAGAUUCAUUUCACAAAGGAUGUAAAAGAAUUAUCAAAUUAUGUUGAUGUCUCUGCUUUACCUGCUAUUAUCACUGGUGAUAAAGAUAAAAAGACUUUAGAUGAGUCUAUCAAGGUGGAUCCAGUUGCUCCUGGUACAUUAGAGGAACCUACUACUGUUGCUUACCAAGAAUAUCAAGAAAUGAUUCACGAAUAUUUAACUGAAACUGAUGAAUGGAUCAAGACGCAGUCUACAGAAAAUGAUAGUAGUAUGACAACGAUACGUCGUGAAUUUGCAAGACAAUAUCGACUUGCUCGUAUUAAGGCUGAAUUAGAUAUUAGAGGUCCUACUAGUUACCAAGCAAAGGGUCUUGUCACUAUUAACAAUGAAGGUCGUAUUAUACUUGACUAUAGUAAUGAUGGUUGGGUUCCAUUGGAUAUUACUGAAAUGGUUUAAUAUUAUAUUAUUUAUUACAUUCUCUUGAUAUACAUACUUAUUUAUAUAAUUAUCUUAUUUUAUUAUUACUUUCUCUACUUUAAAUAAAUAAAUAAUAAUAACAAAAAAAAAA